UAAUGCAGCACUUCCAUUUGCCAAUAAGGGUGUCGGUAUACCUACACAUGAAGAUUCCUCAUCAGUGCUCAAAUCUAUGCCAUACAUGAAAUGGUUCCAAAAGUACAGAAGAGGUGUAAAUGGAUCUUCUUCUAAUUGCAAAGAAAAAUAUAUCAAAUCUGAAGUUGAAAUCAGACAGAAUAAGGAAAUAGAAAAUAUCUUUAACACUUUUGAUAAAGAUAAUUCAGGCACACUUGAGAUGGGAGAAAUAUUUGACUUGUUCACUCACAACGGAAUUGAAAUCACCUACGACCAAGUUAAAGAAAUCUUCUCUGUAGUUGAUGAAGACUGCUCUGGCUCCCUUACGAGAGAGGAAUUCGUAGAAGCCGCUAAGAAUGAGUCAAUGCAACAGAGAUUUACUGAUAUUAUGAGGAAGCUUAGAAGGGAGAUCAAUCAAAAUCUUGUACUAGGCAAUUGCAAAAGUGGACAAUCAGGAGAGUUCUGUAAUAACCAGAAAUAUAUCCCAACUCGCUUUGAAGAUAUGCUGCAAUAUCUCUCUACCAAUAUCAAAAGGACCUCACUACUUCAAAAGCUCUCUAAAGCUCAUACUAGAAGUGGUAGAAAUAUCCAUAAAUAAGGUAAAAGUUGAUUUCGAUACUUUCCUUACCCUCUUUGAAGAGCGGAAAUCAUCAAAUGCAGAAAGUGUAAAACCGAAAAUCCUCAGUCUGAAGGAGAUCCUUGAAAAGAAAGGAGAAUUAGACAGAAAGCCGAAGAGGAAAACGAUAGUACAUAUAAAGUCAAAGGUCUCUCCGAUCAGGCUUCGCAACUUGAGGGUUACCCACAGAAAUACACGUAAGAGUGUUCAAAAAUACACAAAGUGUUUCUCAAAUGCGGUGGUGAGUCCAAGCUCUAAGAGAAGAAGUGAUCAUAACUACAGCUACCUUUUGUCACAUUCAUCAAGGGAUCAAAUGACCAACCCUUACACAGGAUAUGAGUCCUACUCUGAUGCUAAGACAAGGGCUGGAAGUACUACGAUCCAGACACGAAGAAUAACUGAUAAAAUCUCAGCUGCUCUUAAGUACAAAAGGAAUAUUAGGAGAAUGGGAAGCAAGCCUCCUGAGGAAGGGAACUUUACUAUUCUAGAAACCCCAGAGUCAGGCUGUUACAAGCCUCUAUCUCUCAAUAAGAUUUCUAAAAGUGUUUCUAAGUUGAAUCCAAGACCUGCUUACCUGAAGUCGUUAGAGGAGAAGCUUAAAAGAGCAAUGGACAGGAACAAGUCAUUUUCUUGAAAAGAGAUCCCAUAA